CUGCCCCUUACACGGCUCAGCCUACUUCCUGGUGGUGUAGACCGCUCCUCUGUGUUUUUGUCAGAAUUUACCAGCAGAGAGAAGUUGUAGAUGGUUUAAUUUUCGUGACACGGCUACUUUAAUCGAGGGGGAUAAAAAAAGAGAGAAAAAAAAUGGGAAGUACGGUGAUGGAGUUGGGAAAGGCGAGCUCCAAGAAAACGUCAAAGAAGAGGAGAAGUCUGUGCGUUAACAUGCCUGUCUACGGUUUGUUUCGAAGGCAUGCUGGAGAAACUUGACUCGAUGAUGAUGCGCUGAACCAGAGAGUGAUAUUUAUAUGCGCUUUAUGAAAUCCCACAAGUGCUAUGAACAUUGUUCUACCAGUUCCAAGCUGGUUGUCUUCGAUACAGCACUCCAGGUUAAGAAAGCAUUCUUUGCUUUGGUAGCCAACGGUGUGCGUGCAGCUCCACUAUGGGACACAGAAAAGCAGAGCUUUGUGGGGAUGCUGACAAUCACAGAUUUCAUCAUCAUACUACACAGAUACUAUAAGUCGCCAAUGGUGCAGAUAUACGAGUUGGAGGAGCAUAAGCUCGAGACGUGGAGAGAGGUUUACCUUCAAGCAACAUUCAAACCUCUUGUGAACAUAUCACCUGAUGCAAGCCUGUUUGAUGCCGUAUACACCCUCAUCAAAAACAAAAUUCACAGGCUGCCUGUCAUCGACCCGGUCACGGGGAACGCACUUUAUAUACUCACGCACAAGAGGAUCCUCAAGUUCCUCCAGCUCUUUAUGUGUGAAAUGCCAAAGCCGGCUUUCAUGAAGCAGACUCUCGGGGAGCUCGGCAUUGGUACCUAUCGUGACAUUGCCUUCAUCCACCCGGACACACCCAUCAUCAAAGCACUCAAUAUCUUUGUGGAGAGAAGAGUGUCUGCCUUGCCUGUGGUGGAUGAGUCUGGUAAAGUUGUGGAUAUUUACUCCAAGUUUGACGUGAUAAAUUUGGCUGCUGAGAAGACGUACAAUAACUUGGACAUCACGGUGACACAGGCUCUGAAACAUCGUUCUCAGUACUUUGAAGGAGUCAUGAAGUGCCAUAAAAUGGAAACCUUGGAGACCAUUGUGGACAGGAUAGUCAAAGCUGAAGUGCAUCGGUUGGUAGUGGUGGAUGAGCACUCCAACAUCGAGGGCAUCGUGUCACUGUCAGACAUCCUCCAGGCACUGGUGCUCAGUCCGGCAGAUGCCUGUAAGGAGGAGAACCUGACUGCAUGAGAGUGAGGGAGUGUCAGCUGAAGUGGAGACUUUGUGGGAGCAAAACGGGCUGCAAGAAGCUGGUCUGGGGAAAACCUGGUCUGAAGGUCCCAGAGCAGCCUGACACACAGUGCAAACUUAAAAAAAAAACAACCAAAGAGGUAGCCAGCUUGGUGAAGUCCCACACUGGAGUUUUCUUACUUAAAUUUUUGGUUUUCUUUGAAAGUUUGAACACUGAUUAGACGCACAUAUAUAUCACACUGUCUGCACACAUGGAGCCCUUUUCCACCUUUGUUCAGGCACUUUGUGAGGAACUUUAGUUUUGAAAUUUAUUUCCUGACUCCUAAAAAUGAAAACAAAAAAACAAACACACCUGACUCUUGUGCAGUCCGACGAAAAAACGGCAGUUUUCAGUGCUCUACUUUAUUUAAUGUGCAAAACAGAUCUUUAGUUCCUGGGACUAUUUUGCUGGUGGAAAGGGGUCAGUGCAUCGAUGCAUUGUGGUGACCUGUCAUAGAGAGGUGGGAGGUUGAUGGAUUUGAGAGAAUUUGGAGUUUGUCAUUUUUAUAUCGUGCUGCUGUUGUCACCAUGACCCCCACCCCCAAUUAAAAAUACUUUUCUGAGAAUUCGGUGUUGAAAGGUAAAUGUUGACAAAUAUAACUUUUUGUUUGAUUAGCAUCCCUGAAUGACUAUUUCAAGUCUUGUUUUAAAACAAAUAAAUAAGCAGGGGGUGGGUCAAUAUGGGAGGAGUGAUAUCCAGUCAUCAUUUGUGCCAUUUUUGCCCCGCCUACUUUUCCAUACUAACUAUAUUUGUUCCCUUUUAAUCUGUUUGACAGUAAGUGUUGAAUUAAAAAUAAAUAAAUCUUAAAGGCACUAUGGAUGACAUUUCUGCCACCAAAUGUCAGGUAGUAAAGCUUCCCUCCUCAGCCACUCCUCCCCAACCCUCCCCUUCUGCAUUGAGCAGAACGAUUGUGAGUUGGAGCCUUGUAGCACCUCUCUGCAGCGGGUGGGGAGACACCUGAUGUAUAUGUAGAUUGUAAUCUCAUCACAGCAGAAUCUGUAGCCUCUAAAAGAUUUUUUUUUUUAAUACAUAGUAUUUCUGGAAAGUAGCUGCUGUUUGCAUCUUGCAAAAAAGGUCAACAGCAAUGCUGUGAGGAGUACUGUUGUCCUGUUAUAAACUGGGGAGGGGGUGAGGGAUGUGGUUUCACAGAGCAGGACCUUCAUGCACUAAACGUGUACACACAGAAAUAUCAUACAGUAAAUGUGCAUGUGUGACCAGGCCGAGAAAGCAAACAUGGGUACAGAAAAGCUCUGAGUACAGAGGGAGUGUUGAGCCAUUCCCUACAGGACACCAAUAAGCCCCUAAAUCUUUACAUAUAAAAUAGUUGCUGGCCGCUACAUCAGUGUGUAAAAAUAUAAUUCACAUUUUAAAUAAGAGUAAUGUUGCAUUUUCAACUUUAUUUUCAAAUUAUGAUACCCCCUCAUUUGUUGGAUUUUCUGUCACAAAAUUUGAAGUCAUCCACCAAUAUUUGGUUCUAUUAAAGAGAUUUCACUGAAACCUCCUAAAAGAAACGAGUCAUUUUGACACAAAGAACACGCAAGUGGUCCGAGGCAAGAGCUGCAUUAGUUUUCACUUGUUUUGUCAGCUGUGGGACAUUUUUGUAGUGAUAUGAGAAGAAAGAAAUGUUCUUUUUAAGAAAUGUAAAAAUAUUUUUUAGUUAUUUUCAGUGGUGUUAUGUUUCUUUGCCGUGUUUGCGACAUACAUGUGAUACCAACGCGGAGUCUUCAGAUAUAACUCGACAGCACUCAUCUCCAUCGCUGACUGUAUAUACAAUUGUUUUGGGGAUUCCUAUCACAGAAAGCUUUAUUUUUAUGAAUGUUUAGAGAUGGCAGUUUUAACCUUAUUUUUGUAAAUAUUGUGGCAAUAUGUCCAGUUCAAAGAGACUUUGUAUCGGAUCAACAUGUACUGUAAAUGUGGAAAGCAUGACGACACUUCAGCAGUAUGAAUGUUCUGUUUGACGUUUUUUUUUAUUUUUCUGGUUGCAGAAAAAUAAAUGGACACUGAAUGUAACAACUA